AUGACUAAUCUUGUUAUUAGUGGAAAUGUCUCGGUAGACGGAGCAAAUAUAGAACAAGUAUAUUCAUAUAAAUAUCUGGGGCACGAAAUAACAAUUGGCCGCGAUAACCAGACGCACGAGAUACAAAGAAGAGUAGGACUAACAUGGGCAGCAUUCGGCAAACUAAGAUAUGUGUUAAAAUCAGAUCUACCAAUGUGCUUAAAGAGGAAGGUGUUCCAUCAGUGCGUUAUGCCAGUACUUACAUAUGGCGCAGAGACACUUACACUGACGAAAAAGUCCAUAGAAAAAAUCCGUGUAGCCCAACGAGCUAUGGAAAGAGCAAUGCUUGGUGUAUCUCUAAGAGACAAGAUACCCAGUACAGUUAUAAAACAGCAUCCUUGUUUGUAUAUACUACGUUUUGCCUCAAAGUUGGAGUUUGGCAACAAAACUCAAAUGGUGACGAAUACAGCGCUACGAUUGGUCCAGAGAAUGAAGCGAGACAGCAUACAUUCUGGAAGAAGACCUUCUGGAUUAUGUGGUGCAGCUUUACUUAUAGCUUCACGUCUUCACGAGUUCAGUAGGUCGAUAGGAGACAUUGUCAAAGUUGUCAAAGUACACGAAUCGACUAUGAGAAAAAGACUGAUGGAAUUUGGUGAUACGCCCAGCAGUGCUCUGAGCCUUGAAGAAUUCAUGACAGUUGAUCUGGAGGAGGAACAGGAUCCUCCAUGUUUUAAAGCUGCAAGAAAAAAAGAUAAGGAGAGGUUGCAAAAGUUGUUAGAAGAUGAAGCAGAAACAGUGACCGAUCUUCAGAAGCAGAUUGAUGUUGAACUGGAACAGUCAAAUAAGAAAUAUAAAGGAAGCGAUAGAAAAUGUGGUCCAGAUAUAGCUAGUAUUGGUUUGCCAGCUUCCUUAGAUGACACCAGCAAUGCACCCCAGCCUGACUCCAAAGGAAUCACUUUUGAUUUGAACUUCGAUGACGUAGACGACGAAGAACUGGACUCCUACAUAAUGUCAGACAGCGAAUUUCAAGUCAAGCACGAGCUGUGGCACGAACUCAACGCCGAGUACCUGAAAAAACAGAAAGAAAAAGAAGAACAGUUAAAAAAAGAACGCGAGGAAGGUAAGCCGGAAAAAAAGCGAAAACGUCACUCGAAGAGACAGACUAUAGGGCCGAGUAAUUCCGCCGGAGAAGCUAUAGAAAAAAUUAUACAGGAAAAGAAGAUAUCGACGAAAAUUAACUACGAGGUGUUGAAGAGUUUGAAGAGCGGAGCUGUUCUAAACGAAACGUCUGACGUAACUAGUACGUCUACGGAGGAUAAUCCGGAUGCAAAGAGAUUAAAAUCAACGCCUGUAAUAAUAGACUCGCCUCCGAAGAAGCAAGGCAAAUCGAGGAAAAUAGUGGAUGUUGGUUUGCCAUUUCUUGAAGAUACUCCUGCCGUUGUUUCCAAGAAGAAGGAUAGAAAAGAAACUGUUACAGAAGAAAGCUCUAAAAAUGAUAAAAUUCCUGCUGUGGAAGAGGAAGAGGCAGAAGAAGAUGCGGAUGAUUACUAUGAAGAAGAGCAGCCCCAAGAUGAUACAGCUAACGAGAUGGGUGUCUUGACGAUGUUGAACCAGCAUCACCAGGAAAUGGGCGAAGACCAGUAUGGUUACGACGAUGACGGCUACGAAGAUGACUAUUAGGAAUAUUUUGUAUAGGAAAUACUAUUAAAUAAAUAACUUAUUUAUAUUUAAUA